AUGGGCGAGCUGCCUGCGUCAUCCGGCCCCAUUGUGGCGGACUUGCACCUAAAGUUUGUGCACGAGCUAGAUGACAACACACAAUGGAAAGCGCAGCAUCUCAAGAUGAACGGCGUCUACUGGGGACUCAGUGCACUUGUACUGCUGCGCCGCUUGGACUAUAAGCCAGACACCGUUGUCAAUUUUGUACUCUCCUGCUACAACAGCGAUGGCGGGUUUGGCGGCAAUACAGACAUGGAUUCUCACCUGCUCCCUACCAUGUCCGCCGUGCAGCUGUUGUGCAUCUUUGACGCAGUCGCGCUCAUUGAUGUGGAGCGAACGGCACGCUGGAUCGCGUCAAUGCAGCUGCCGGACGGCUCUUUUCAAGGCGACGAGUGGGGCGAGGUGGACACUCGCUUCUCCUACAUCGCCCUCAGCUGCCUUCGGCUCCUGGGGCGCUGCAACUGCAUUGAUGUCGAGGCGGCCGUCCAGUACGUGCUGCGGUGCCAGAACUGGGACGGUGGUUUCGGCGUCUCGCCUGGGGCAGAGAGCCACGCGGGUCAGAUCUUCUGCUGCGUGGGUACUCUCUGUAUAGCAAAUGCCCUCGAUCGCAUCGACAGGAAUCGCGUGGCAGCAUGGCUGGCGAUGCGCCAGCUUCCCUCUGGCGGCCUCAACGGGCGGCCAGAGAAGAAGGCGGACGUGUGCUACAGCUGGUGGGUUGUAUCGUCCCUCUCCGCUCUUGGCCGCAUUGACUGGAUCGACAAGGAGGCGCUAUUUCAGUACAUCCUCAGUUGCCAGGACACGCAGGACGGUGGCUUCUCCGACAAACCGGGCAACCAAGCGGAUGUGUAUCACACCUUCUUUGCCCUUUGCGGGCUUAGCCUUCUGGGGUACGAGGGGUACAAUCUGGAUGCCAUCAAUCCUGUGUACGCGCUCUCCUACGAUGCUUUGGAUCGUCUGAAGAUUGCACCGGAGUAUGGCUCGCAGGUUGGACGGCGCCCGCCACGAUCAUGA